GAGCAAUAGAAAAGCUCGCUAGUCGAUCAUCUAAGCUCCCGGGCCUUUAUAAAGCAAUUCAAGACCUCAUCGUCGCCAUUCCGCCCUUCACACUCGGGUACCCAAGCACCUUGGCCCAGAGUUCAUAUUAUCCCGGAGAUCCAAUUGGAAAGGAUGAAAUCGAACUCGUUUCUCGGCAUAUGGACGCCUAUUCCAUAUGGCCCGAAAAUACUAGAGUUCGAAAGAUUGAAGAAAAUAAAUUUGAGGUUCUUCAAGCCUCAGUAACCCUUACCGAGCCUACGGUGGCGUCCUUAACUAUCCCCGAUUCGCCCACUAAAGUCACCCUUCUCUGCGGUGAUCAUGCAGCGGAGUUGGAGAAAAUAUGUACCAAUCUAGCUGAAGCUGCCAAAUAUGCCGCAAAUGAUUCUCAAAGGAAGUUUCUCGCGGAAUAUAUUGAAAGCUUUGAAACCGGUAGCCUUGACGUGUAUCGUGACUCUCAGCGAACAUGGGUUGCCGAUAAAGCACCAAAAGUGGAGAAUAUCUUCGGUUUUGUUGAACCAUAUAGAGACCCUGCUGGCAUUCGUGCCGAGUUCGAAGGCUUAGUCGCGAUCGCGGACGCCGAAGAAACGCAACUUUUGUCGAAGCUAGUUGAGAAUUCUGACAAGUUUAUACGGCGACUGCCCUGGGCGUCUUCUGAAAACAAUGGUAAAGGAGUAUUUGAGAAAUCUCUCUUCGAGCCACCCGAUUUCUCUAGUAUACACGCACUCGCUUACUGUUCUAGUAUAAUAUUCCCAGGCAUCAACCUCCCAAAUUACAAUGACAUUCGCCAAGAUGUAGGGUUUAAAAACGUCAUUAUCGCAAAUCGUAUGACAGCCGAGAGUACCGCGAUGCAAUGGUCAUUUAUCGACGAAUCCGAGAUGGAAGUAUUCCAGAAGCAUAAGUAUCCCGCAUAUUACUGGUGGGUUGUGCUACACGAACUGCUCGGUCAUGGUACAGGUAAGAUGAUGAUUGAGAAACCAGCCAACAACUUCAAUUUCGACGCCACGAGUCCCCCACUUAACCCUCUUGAUGGUAAACCCAUAAAUACUUGGUAUAAACCAGGUCAGACAUGGACCGGUCAAUUUGGCAACUUGGCAACUUCACUAGAUGAAUGCAGAGCCGAGUUAGUAGGUGCCUACCUCAUGGAUGAUCCGGAGCUGUUAGCUCUCUUCGGUUUCACAGAAGAAUCAACUAUUCGGGCUAGUGAUUUGACAUAUAAUCUGUACCAGCAACUUGGAGUUGAUGGUCUCCGAGCUCUCUCUAACUACAACCUUGACAGCAUGACAUGGGGGCAGGCUCAUAGCCGGGCUCAUUUCUCGAUGCUCAGAUGUCUUCUAAGAGAUAGCCAAGGAUGUCUCAAAGUCCAGCACGACAGGGAAGCUAAGAAACUCACAGUUAUCGUUGAUCGACCCAAGAUAAUAAGCCACGGCAAGAAAGCUCUUGGCGGUAUGCUAUUACGUCUUCACAUGUAUAGAUGCACCGCCGACGUUCAAGCGUGCCGGGACUAUUAUGAAGACCUCUCACAUGUGGAUGAAGAAUGUCUGAAGUGGAGGCAGACAGUCAUUGCGAAUAAGCCGCCGCCCCUAUUGAAUGUACAAGCAAACACGUUCAUCGAUGGGGAUACGGUCACGCUGAAGGAAUACGAACCCACGAUAGAGGGUAUCAUCAAGAGUUGGGUGGAACGCGACGUCUAAUUGGUGGAAAUAAACCAAGUGG